AGAAGGUCAAAUGACUCCGCAUGUCUGCCUGUGUGUACAUUCGCUUCACGGCUGAUGAACAAACACUUCCACUACUAAUCGUGCGUCCUGGUGCGUUUUGCGUUCGUCACCGUCGGCUCAUCGCAUGAUGUCCCUGUGAAAGUCUGAAAAGUCAACAUCAAACCUCGACCUCCCGAAGCCUCUGAGGAGAAAGAAGACGCUGCCAAGAUGUUCAGCACCAAAAGACUGAAGAAGAAGUCUCAGUCGGUGGAUAUUGCCAGUCAAGGUUUCUCCCCGACUUUGGUGCCCGCCUCACCGCUCAACAAGGCUUCGCCACCUGUUGCCAAGACAACCGCAGCCCUCGCGGUGCAGGAAAACAACACGACCAACUCCCAGCGCCGCAGCCCCCGAUGUGGAGAGCUGAAAAGAGGUUACACCAUAGAUACCGGCCAGAAGAAGACUCCAGAGAAGAAGGAUGGGAGGCGCAUGUCGUUCCAGAGACCCAAAGGGACCAUCGAAUAUUCUGUGGAAUCGCGGGACACGUUGAACAGCAUUGCGCUCAAGUUUGACACCACACCCAACGAGCUGGUUCAGCUGAACAAGCUUUUCUCCAGGGCGGUGGUGCCUGGACAGGUUCUUUACGUUCCUGAUCCUGAGUACGUCUCCAGCGUCGGAAGCUCCCCCUCCCUCAGUCCCAUCAGCCCUCUGUCUCCCACCUCCUCGGAAGCAGAUUUAGAGAAGGUGACGGAUUCCGAUGGCCCCCCCAGACCAGAAACCGUUCACCCCCCUGUGUUCUCGGCCCUGCGCCAGUCCAGAGUGGUGUCAUCCACCUCCGAGGAGGAAGAGGCCCUCACCGAGAAGUUCCUCAAAAUCAACUGCAAGUACAUCACUGACGGCAAGGGUGCAGUGAGCGGGGUGUUGCUGGUGACGCCCAACAACAUCAUGUUUGAUCCUCAUCGGAUGGACCCACUGGUGCAGGCCCACGGCUGUGAGGAGUACGGCAUCAUGUGUCCUCUGGAGGAGGUCCAGUCUGCCGCCAUCUAUAAGGAGAUUACCGACCCCAAGAUCAGAGAGACGGUGCCUGAUGACCUGGAGCCUCUCCCAGCUGAGAGGCAUCCCUCCCAGCAGAAGGACCCGGAGCAUCGCCUGAGGGACCCCGGGGCCAAUGACAGCGGCAGCACGGCCCCACGCAGCACAGAGGGCUCCAUCUCCGAAGACGUCUUCACCGAGUCGGAGCUGUCCCCCAUCCGCGAGGAGGAGCAAGCGUCUAAUGAGGACCUCCGCCUGGAUAAGUCCUCCUGCGCUUCCACGGAGUCUGUGCAAACCGUGACCCAGGUGGAGCCCGCCAGGGACUCCAGCGCCCCUGGCUCAGACCCCACCGCUGUGAAAACGUCCACCACAGCAGAGGACAAUCCACCAGACACUGCCACAGAAAAUGACAGCCAGUCAGCCAUGGGAUCCAAGCAGCACAGUGUAGAAAAGCCACCAAGCACACCCACUACCACCAGCAGUACCACUAGCCAGGCCCAGGGUCUCAACAGCAGCAGCUCUCGCCCGGGGUCCCAAAGCUCGGCGGGCCCCGGAGCCGCAGACCCCGCCUCUGCCAGUCCACAAGGGGACGCCAAUGAGGGGACCGAUGUCUCCAAAACAGACACUAUGCAACAAGGCAAAGAGAACGUAGAGCAGACACAAAAGGACGGCUCACAGAGCUCUGCAGAGGGUACAGGGUCGGCAGAGAGACGGAAGCACCGCUCUCACAAGUUCCUCUGCCUGCGGGUGGGGAAGCCCAUGAAGAAGACGUUUGUUUCCAAUGCCAGCGCCUCCAUGCAGCAGUACGCACAGCAGGGCAAGAAGCACGAGUACUGGUUCGCCGUGCCGCAGGAGAGGUCGGACCACCUGUACGUGUUCUUCAUGCAGUGGAGCCCGGACAUGUACGGUGAGGGGAUCCGGGGAAUGGGACAAGAGCCCGGGUUUAUGGUUGUCAAGAAGAACGAGGCGUCAGAAACACCUGAUGAUGAGCCCAUCACCGAUCUGAACGUGAAGGAGUGGGAGGUAGUGUCUCUGACGGAGUACCACCGUCGGAUGGAUGCGCUAAACAGUGAAGAUAUGCGCUCCCUCUGCAAACGACUCCAGAUCACCACCAAGGAAGAGGUUAACUCCAAGCAUGGCACAUCCAUCAAGACAGAGAUGGAGCCAGAGACAUUCAAGCCCAACCUCAGAGAGCCCAGCGAUCUCCUGGAGGCUGAUCAGAUAGAGAAGCUCGCCAGGAAUCUCCCUCCUCGGACCAUUGGGUACCCAUGGACACUGGCCUUUGGCACAUCAAAGCACGGCAUGAGCAUUAAGACUCUGUACAGAGCCAUGCAGGGCCAGGACACCCCGGUACUCAUGGUGAUUAAGGACAGCGACGGCCAAGUGUUUGGUGCCUUGGCGUCUGAGCCCUUUAAAGUCAGCGAUGGCUUUUAUGGAACAGGAGAAACCUUCCUCUUCACCUUCAAUCCAGAGUUUGAGGUGUACAAAUGGACAGGAGACAACAUGUUCUUCAUCAAAGGGGAUAUGGACUCCUUAGCUUUUGGUGGAGGAAGCGGAGAGUUUGGCCUGUGGCUGGACGGAGACCUUUACCACGGCAGGAGUCACUCCUGUAAAACAUUUGGGAACCCAAUGCUCUCGAAGAAGGAGGAUUUCUAUGUGCAGGACAUAGAGAUCUGGGCUUUUGAAUAACAAAACACUGCACCACAGGGAAAAAAACAAGUCCUGCAAAGGGCAAAACAAGGAGGAGUCCUCCUUAAGAACAAUGGCAACGUCCCAAACCUAACUGCACAUCACCAGGGCUCCCCAGGCCGGAAGCCAGCUAUCGGAUGCUUGUUGUGCGUUACUACUGCAGUUAUUCCGGAGCUUUUUUUCUUUGUGAAAAAUUACCUUUGUGUGUAUCUUGUUACAGCCUUGUGCAGCGUCUUUGCAGGGUAGGGGGAGUGUGUGAGAUGAGGGAUGAUGAGAGGGAAACGGGGAACAGAAGGCGAUCGGACCAUCAGGCCUUGAACAGGAAGAGCCCAUCGGAGCCGUUCUCACUCGAGACGCAGUGAAGAUGAUGGCGGCUGAGCUUUGGGACUGCUACGAGAAGAGAGAACUGUCCUACUGGUCCAGAUCGUGUAUCUGAACUUUACAGAACCUCAAGGAGUCCCCAGCGUCCUCUCAGACCCCCUAGACCUGUGUUAUUCGGUAGGAUGUUACUCACUGUGCUGUCAGCCUUGAUGGAGAGAGACCCACUUAAGAGGCAGAGGAAGGCGACAAAAAGCUGAACACAUUCCAUUCCUCUCUGUGAUGGUGGAGUGUCAGAUAACAGGGUUUUGGUUCUGAUUUGUGGUAACACACCAAUAUCCAAAACACAUCAGCAGCAGGAUACGAUGACACUUAACUCAGAGGGUGUUUGCUCUGGGCCGAGUUAGUCUUUUUACAGUACCGUUUUGGGUUGUCUUCUGAGGCUAAACUAUAGAGUAUUGUGUAUUGUAGUCCUCCUGUUGUUCACUGUCAUAGCACACCAUCUGAAAGCACAUAGCUAUAAUCAGAUCACCCAUCGUCGUAAUGUUCUGUUCAGUGGGUGUAUGUGUGAGUCCAGCUAACACCGGCUCCUCUCGCAGGACGCCGGCUGUACUGUUUGUAGACAGUAACGUGUUGCAAUAGAUUUGUGGAAUAUGCAAAUAACUGUCCUGUGACCUCAAAUACCGCAGGUUGAGGCGCUUCAGCCGCCGCCUGCCGCUCUUCAAGAGAGACACUUGUAAAGCUUUUACGUCUUGAUACACAAUUGCUUUUCUGGGUAUAAUUUGAAAAGCCUGAGACGUGGUUAACUGUUUUACAUGCAUAUAUGACAAUUAUAUAUCGGUAUAUAUGAUUAUAUACACAUGUAUAUAAUCGUAUAUAUUUUGCUGUUAAGUGUGACAGUGAUCUAUUUGUGCUGAAAUUUCAGCUGUUACAAUAUAAUGUAUAUUACCCUGUAAAUUAAUGUUAUAAUAGUAGAUUUGUUCCUAUAUAUAUAUAUAUAAAUACAUAAUUCUAUAUAAAUAUAUAUAUAUAUAUAUAUAAAAUAAAGUGUGGAUUGGUGGGUUGCUUCUAGCACUUUAAUCUGGUGUAAAAGCGUCGAGGCCAGGUUCUUAGAUUCUCUUAGCAGUAGCUGUACAGUACUUUUUUGUUAGACCAUUAAGAUGUUAACUGUUAGUAGAAAGCUUGCUGCUACCAAUAUCAAUAAGGGUAUGCCCUAAUGCUCUGUGCGUCUGGAAAGGAGGAUUAUUCUGAGGUGGGAAGGGGGGGUCGAAUGUGGCUAAAGGCAGCAGUAGGGCUCGGUUUCUCUCCUCGUGUGGCUGUCAGGUGAGUCUCGGACAGGUAGGUAUCCAGGCAGAAUGACCUCUGACAGGCAGAUGGUGGCGGAUGAACACAAGAGUCUCAAGUAACCCUCCCCCAGGGAGCUUUCCUCCCCCCUUUCUGGUCUUCCACACCAGUAUUUGUGUCCUUGUGGAGAGUCACAAAGAAUAAUAUGGAUAAUUCUUCCAAUUAUUUCACCAGAAUACAAUGUAUCAGUGAUGUAUAAAAACCAAUAAAGCUGAAUUAAUUGUUGUAACAUGG